AUGAAGAAACACAAUCCAUUCCAGGUUCCGCUCUCGACGCAGCGAUAUGUAGAGGUUUACAACGUACUCAACCAGCACAACUGUACAAAGCUUCUCGACCUCGGUUCUGGCGCUGGCAGUCUACUCCUCGAGCAGCUCCUCAAGCCUCCGAUAAGUCUCGAUGACGAUGCACUCCGCCUCGCCCACUACCACGCACUUGACAGCGACCUCGCCGAGCUAGACGCUCUCUCACGCCUACUAGCCUCGCACCGCGACGCCACUCUACGCUGGUCCACCGACCUCACUCUCCGCCUUUACCACGCCGAUUUCGCAGCUACGUUCCACCCCGCCUUCCGCGCACUAGACGCCAUCGUUGCCGUGGAGGUGCUCGAGCAUAUGCAAGAGUCUGUACUGGCGCAGACGAUGCAGCUCAUCCUAGGCACAUACAGCCCACCCCUUUUCAUCGCUACAACCCCCAACUACGACUUCAACCCACGCUUCACCUCCCCUGCACGCGUCGUGGACCCUACCGGACGCACCGACAGGCUUUUCCGUCAUCCUGAUCAUAAAUUCGAGCUGGGCGUGCGGGAGUACACACAGUGGUGCGCGCAUUACGCCCGUUUGUUCGGUUAUAAUGUCUCCGUGUAUGGCGUCGGCGAGUCUAUCGCGCAGAACCUCAAUCCACCCAGUACCGAUCCACGCGUCGAUGACCGCUAUCCGAGUCAAAUUGCCGUGUUCAAGCGGGUGCGGUGUGCGGGCAGGAUUAAUACUGAGAAUACUGCGAAUACUGAGGAAAGUGACCUCACCCAACCCACGCAACUCCCGCCCCUCCAUUCCUCCUACACGCUCCCGAGCGCCGCGGAGCAUUUGUCGCGGAGCAGCAAACUCAACGCCGGAACACCCGGAACACCCGGCACACCCGGCACACCCAACACACACGCAAUCCUCACCCACCUCUACUCCCUCCUCGAUCUCCCGUUCGGCGGGAGCAGGGUGGUCGUAGCAUCUGCGCUCAGUCUCUGGGACACGCACAUGCAGCUCCUCUGCAGAGGCGUUUUCGCCACGCUCCUCGACGCCGUCAGAAACAGCGGCAAGUAUGGCGGUGAGGUGUCGACACUGGAUGUAGACGGGGUGCGCGAACAUAGCAGCCAACUCAGCGAGCAUAGCAAUCACAGCAAUCACAGCCAACACAGCCAACACAGCGGAGACGCCUGGUUUAUCUUGGCGAAAAACAGCUCCGACACACCCUCCAUCGUCUACCGCCAGAGCGUCACGGACGUGCUCCAUGCAGACACACUCGCCGCUGAGAUGCGCGAUAAGCGCAAAACACCCAAGGAUAAAGAGAGAGAGCGGCAGCAGGAGGAGAAACAAGUGGAUGAGAGAUUGGAGUUUGAGAAGGAGCAGCUGGUGGAAAACAGUGAGUAUGGCUCCUCCCCUACACACAGCAGCUCUUGUUUGUCAGAUAGAUACGGUGACACUGACGCCGUCCUCGCUAACCUCCAGCUCAAUCUUUGGAAAGCAGACCCUGUGUGGUCUCAAGAUGCCGCCAAUGCCGCCGAUGGCUCCAAUGCGGGAUGGGGCGAUGCCGAUGCAAAUCCCACUUGGUCGUAG